GUGGAGACCAGAACAAAUUAUGCUUAAGUAAUAGUAAUUAUUUCCCCCCGACAGGGACAGAAAGCUAGGACCUAGAGUGUGUGAUUUGCUCACUAUUUCGCCUAGGAAAACUUGUGUCUCCUGUCACUAGAGCUCCAGGACCUGAGCCAAGGGCUUGCUGGCCUAUCAGAAUAAAGGUUAUUACUUUAGUGCCAGAAGUGUCCAAUGAGGAGUAUGCUUCUUAGGUGAGGGAAUUUGCCUAACCUAGGUCUGUUUCCUUAACCCCGAACAUUAGGCAUGUUUGUGUUCUUAGCAAGUAUGUCCUAGAUCCCGGGGCUAGAAAUCAGAGUCGCCUUCACUGACAACAGGAGCGCAGGAGGAUACAAGGACACUCCUUGGCUGGAAAUGAUGGGGAUUCUCAGUGUUAUCAGCCUUGGCUGUCCUGGAAUUCACCUUGUAGAUCAGACUGCCUGCCAAGGGCUGGGAUUAAAGGCAUGAACCACCACUGCCUGGGUUUCUCUGUAUAGCCCUGGAUGUCCUGGAACUCCCUCUGUGGAUCAGGCUGGCAUCAAACUCAGAGAUCCACCUGUCCCUGCUUCCCAAGUACUGGUAUUAAAGGUGUGUGCCACCACCGCCUAACAAGCACACACAUUCUAAGGACAGUUGCUAUUGAGUCCCUGGAGCCAGUGACCUUUGAGGAUGUGACCGUGAAGUUCACCCGGGGGGAGUGGGCUCUGCUGGAUCCAUCCCAGAAGAAGCUGUACAAAGAUGUGAUGCGGGAAACCUUGAGGAACCUGGCUUCUAUAGGAAACAAGUUGGUAAACCAGAAGGUUAUAAACGAGUAUGAAAAUCUCUGCAGAAAAUUAAGCAGUCAACUGGUAGAGAAAUUCCGUGACUGUAAAGAAAGUCUUCAGUGUCCAGAAGUCUUCAGCUGUAUUCCAGAGCCUUCUGUGAACCUGAACUCUUGUCCAGGACUUGCCACGCAUGAAAAGCAUGUGUGUGAAGAAGGAAGCAUUGGACGUUCAUCUCUAGGUGUGCCCCUGAACCAUCAGGAAGGACAGAAACCUCACAAAGACCAGGACUAUGGACAGAAGUUGUAUAAACAUAAGGGGUUUGAAGGCAGCUCCAGUUCUCCUCUGUCCCUUCAGACACAUAAAAGUGCUCACACUGGAGGGAAACCUAAAAAUAAGGAGUGCAAAGAAGACCUUCUUUGUCUCCGAUCUGUUCAAACAAAUGAAGAACAAGCCCAUGCAAAAAUAUCUUACGCUCACAAGCAAUGUGGAAAAGGCUUCACCCAUCCCAACCCUUUACAAAGGCAUGAGAAGGUUCACAGUGUUAAGAAGCCCUAUGUGUGUGAACAGUGUGGGAAAGGCUUUGCUCGGUUAGGUAACCUUUUAAGACAUCAGACAUCUGGCACUGGUGAGAAUCCUCUUCUGCCUAAUCAUUAUGGGAGAACUUUUCCUCGUUUUGCUUGCCUUCGAAGACGUAUGGGAAUUCGCAGUGGUGACAAACCCUAUGUGUGUGAUCAGUGUGGGAAAACUUUCCUUGAUUCUACUUACUUUCGAGUACAUAGAAGGAUUCACACUGGUGUAAAACCGUAUGUCUGUCAGCAGUGUGGAAAAGCCUUCACUGCUUCUCGUUACCUUAAAUCACAUGAACUGACCCACACUCGGGAAAAAUCUCAUGUGUGUAAGCAGUGUGGAAAUUCCUUUACCUUUUGGUAUCAAUUCCAGAAGCAUAAAGUAAUUCACAGUGGUGUGAAUCCCUAUGUUUGUAAACAAUGUGGGAAGGGCUUUACCUAUUCCAGUUCCCUAAAAACACAUGAAAGAAUUCACACUGGCCAGAAGCCCUACGUGUGUGAGCACUGUGGGAAAACCUUUGGUAGUUCUGGUAACCUUAAAAGACAUGGAAGUACUCACACUGGAGAGAGGCUCUAUGUCUGCAAGCAAUGUGGGAAAUCUUUCAAUAAUCACAGUUCCUUUCAGUUCCAUAAGAGAAUGCACGCUGGGGAUAACCCCUACAAGUGUAAGCAGUGUGGGAAGGAUUUAGCGUCUUCGUCGUCCCUUCAGAGCCAUGAAAGGAAUCACUCUGGAGAGAAGCCCUUUGUGUGUUUGCAGUGUGGGAAAGGUUUCAGUUCUGACAGUUCUCUUCGCAAACAUAAAAUAAUGCAUAGUGAGGAAAAGCCCUACGUGUGCAAGCAGUGUGGGAAAGCUUUCCGGCGCUUCUUUGAGGUUCGAGUACAUGAACGAGUCCACAGCAGCGAGAGACCCUACCAGUGUGAGACGUGUGGUAGGGGCUUUUCCAGUGUAACUCAUCUGCGAAGACACGCACCAAUUCAUGGCAGAACCAAUAAAGAUCCUUGUAAAUAACCCGAGGCAGUCUUCUCUUGCUUAGCUCUCACAGAAACCAAAGGACGGGAAACAGCUCAUGCUAUCAGUGUGGGAAAAUGCCCAGCAGUUUCUAGAGAAGCUAUUCUUUUGAAUCGAUGUGGCUUUAGUUCUAGAAGUUCCCUUCAAAUACCGGAGAAAAGCUGCAAGGAACGUGAUAACGUCUUUUGUGUUCUUUUCAUUAUGGAGAACAUCCAAAAUAGCUCACACUGGAAAAAAAAAACCUUAUGCACACAAUGUAGACAGCCUUUAGUUCUUAAGGGGCCCUCAAAAGACAUUGUAGUAGUCAUUUUGGAGAGAAACCCUUCAUGUAUAAUGUGGUGGCUUGAAUAAGAAUGUUCCAGACAUGUUUAUAUAUUUGAAUGCUCAAGUCCCAGGGAGUGGCACUGUGGGCAAGAAUUAGAUGUAGCCUUGUUGGAGCAGAUGGGAACUUUCUAGAGGAAGUGUGACACUGGAGGUGGACUCUGAGCUUUCAAAAGCCAGGCCAGAUCCACUCACUCUUCCUCUGCACCUAUGGUUCAGGGUGUAGCUUCAGCUACUGCUCAAGUACCAUGGUCCCAGACAUGCUAAUAAUGGACUAAGUCUCUGAAGCUGUAAGUAAGCCCCCAAUUAAAUGG